AAGUCGGUCAUUUUUCAGAAGGCGAAGGAUUUGUUGUAUUGUUAAGACUGCAUCUUUCUGCUAGAUUAGAAAAUUUAGAUUAAUAGAUCAAAGAGUGAAGCAUAAACAGUAGAAAGGUGAAAAAUCGCGUGAAAAUGCAACAUGGCGGCGAUACGUCCGUCGUCUGCGACCAUAGCAUGUCUUUAUAUUACUUUUCUGGCUUUUGUUUUGCUGUGUAUCUACAGUUUCACCCCGUUUAAUGGACGCCUUAUUGCGGAGAAUGUUAGUUAUGGAGUGGGUUUCCUUCUUUUAUCAACGUUCAUUUUAGGUUCUGGCAUUACGGCAGGAGAUGUUGAAGACUCCCUGUUACGUGGCUUACUCUUAUGUCUAGGUUCGAUGUGGGCGGCAGUUGGUGUUUUCAAUGUCACCAGAGAUAUCUCGAGGCCGCCUACCAUCUGGUCCAAUGCAGCAAAUGAAGCUCUAUUUCCUGGAUAUGGGGCUUUCUUCUUCAUAUUCCUUAUUUUUGUCUUUGGAUCUAUCUUGCACCAAGCAACCUUUACUGCAGUUCUUUCUUUCGGUCUUUUUUUGUCCACCAUCUUCGAAAUAGCCUCUUUAUGGCGUCCUGUGCAUAUGAGUGCCGGAGCGUAUUAUGUCCUACUUUCUGCAUUAGUUGUGUAUAUGAUGUGCCAAAAGCUGGUUAAUAAAUUCAAAGGGGGUGAUUUCAAGACCACGCAGAAAAGAAAGUCAUCUGAUCCAGACGUCUCAAACGAUUACACUAUUGUAGGGUAUUCAAUGGAAGUAAUAGUUUUUGCAGUUUUUGCUAGUCACGUGACUGGAGCUACAACAGUUGCCAAUAAUGCUUUUAUGUGGGUCGGUUCGGCGGGAUUUUUUCAAGCUGUGUGCGGCAUUGUGGCUUUACGUAGGAAUGACCCUUACUGUGGUUGCUACUUUACCCUGUAUGGUACAUUCUGGUGUGCAGUAGCAUACAACCUAGCACUUAAUCAUUUUUCUGGCACAAAUGACUUACCACUACUACCUGUCUUUAUCUUCUUCCUUUUCACAUUUUUAUUGGCCAGUUUGAUUUCCAUAGCUCGAGAAAUGUUCCAUGCACUACAGAAUAUCUUACUAUGUAUCUUCUGCAUUGCCUUUUGUGUUGAUGGUGUCCAAGGCCAUUUCCUUGGUGGUAUGGGUUGGGUUUGCUUUUUGUUUUCUCUUUAUGGACUUGCAGCUCACAUGAGCCGAAUGAAACAAACCCCUUAUAAACUUCCUUUGGGUCGACGCCCAUUUGAUCGAGCUCAAGUACAACAGAGCCUUAAAAAACAUCUUAGUUGCUGUGCAAAACGUUUAUACAAACAGGACACCAAACAAAAUGGUGACGGCCUGUUCUCUACUGAAUUUUCCGACAUGGGGUAUUCCAAGUAUAUUGAGCUUGAUACCAUCGGCUUUGCCGUCAAUGCAGUUUCUGCCUUAUCUAUUUUGUGGAUUCCUGCCAAUUUCAAUCUCCUCUCCAUGCCAUGGACAACUGUGCUUGGCGGGGUGGCACAGUUCACCGUGGGUUGUAUAGGGUUUGCUCGUGGACUUACAUUCGAAAGCUGUUCAUUCAUUAUAUUUAGUACCAUGUGGAUAAUUCUUGGAACUGCUCGCAGUCUUGGGACAUUGGGUCAGGACAAUUCAGUGGCCAUGUGUGUGGGGAGCAUUUCAUAUAUGGUCAUUCUUCUACUUCUUAUAGGACUUUCUCUAGUUGUAAGCAAGACCUGGUUCCUGAUCACUUUCCUUUUCGAACUUAUCGCAUUGGCAUUUUUGCUAAAUAUCUUAGCAGUGCCUUCAUAUGAAGCAUAUGAAAUAAUCGUGGUGCUUCUAUUUACUGCUGUUUGUAUUUAUGGUUUCUUAGCUUCUGCUUUAAAGGUUGUUUGGGGGCGAGAUGUGCUCCCAAUGGGAAACCCAAUCAUAGAAGUCAGUUUCCUCCAUUCUCAGGGUCACAAAGCCUUCUGGGCAGAUGCCCAAAAACAAUCCGGAGUCAAAGCGAUUGCAGACAUCAUGAACCGAGGAGGGAUCGUCGGUAUUCCAACAGACACUGUUUAUGUAUUGGCGGCUGCAGUAAAAUUCCCUGAAUCAGUGGAAAGAGCAUACUUAACUAAGAAACUAGCUGAAGACAGACCAAUGUCUAUGUGGAUAUCCAAUGUAAACCAACUGGCCGCUGGACGAGAGCAAUUCGGUGAGAUGCUGUGGGCCUUCAUGAAUGCCGUAUGGCCGUCUACGAUAUCCUGUGUAGUAAACAAAGGACCAUGGUUAGACAGCUUGGGUGUUGGAUAUGCCGGCAAAUACAUUGGUAGACCUGACAGCAUCGCAGUACGCAUGCCCGAUAAUAUGGUGACGUCAUUCUUAAUCGAUCACACGGGUCCCGUAUCAACGUCGUCUGCUAAUCCUACUGGUGAAGCAGACACUACGCACCAUCUGCAGGUUAUUGCCAAGUUGGGCCUGAAAAAUUGCGAUGGAAUUUUAUGUGAUGGGCCCUCCUUUGCAAACUCUGCUUCAACUGUGGUCGACUGCCGAAAAAUUGACGAAGGUAAGAUCGGAUUUUUCCGUAUUGGACUCGAGCCGAAGUCUCGCGUUGAGGAAAUAUUUGAGCGAAUCCAAGCCCAGUUUAGGAAUAAGACAGCAUCACACCGGGAUUCAAUGCAAAGUACAAGUGAAACUUUGGACAGUGGUGUAUAUAUUCGUAGAUCAAAUCCUGGUUCGGUAAGCUUAGAACUGGAAGGACAUAUUAACGAUGCUUUUGAUGAUAGUGAUGAUGGUGAUCACAGUUCAAAGGAUCGGAAUGUAGAAAAUAUUGGAAACGAUGCACAAAAUAAUUUUGGUAAAUCAACAAAUAUUUUAGAAAAAUGGUCUGAGCCAAAACCUGAAUCAGAAAACACCAAAACUAACAACAACCCCCAAAUAAAAGGUUUAGUUGAUAACCUAGACCGUAUUUUAUCAGAUGCAGAAAAUCAGAAUCAAAAGCUCGAGGACGUAAACCUUCAAGGUUCCCAGAUGGCAAUAAACAUUCCUGAAACUGAGCCUUAUGGGAGCAAUGUAGACGAAGGAGAAGCCUCCACAGAACCAAUCUCGGACGAUGAUGAACCAUUAACGUCACUGAAAUCACGUAAACGCCGCCAGCUUCAAAGUCAAAUUAACACACACAUUCUGAACAGAGGACAGCAUUUAGGAUUAACUGAGAGGACGUUGAACCAAACAAAGAACAAAGAAACAGAUAGUUCGGCUGAAUUCAAAAACCCGCUCGACACCUUUCGAACGACCUUAGAAGUAAAUGUAAACCAAUAUAAAAAAUUUACCGUUGAUAAUACACCGAAUCAGAGACAGGCUGGAGAUGAACAGAGGGCAGUGACAAGCCAGCUGCCUUUUGAAGAAGAAUCGACAACUAGUAACAAGAAGAAAAUUGUACCCCUUUUUAAUUUUUCCUCCAAGAGUAAUAACCUGUCUGACUUGGAGCGCGGAAGCGAAAACACUAACCGGAAAGAUGAUUUGAUCAAUGCCACUGGAAAGACAGAUAAUACUUACUCACUUGCUUUUGUUAACAGUAGUGAUAAAGAGGUAUCAGACAGGUUAAAUACAUCGGCUCAUCCUGAACGUCCAGUAUUCUUUAAGCAAAGGACUGAGCUGUAGUUUCUUAUAAUUGCCUUCGAAAAUAAUGUGUAUCAAUUUAAUGCCAAUGACAGGUUUAUUUCGAUAUAUUUUGCUUGAUAGAAAAAUAAGAUAGAAAUAAAAGAACAAUUUACUACCUUAGCUGGCUCUUUACCUUUUGACCGGCAGAUUUAGAAAAUAAUGUUUUGUAACUAAACACUUUCAAACUUCGUAUACUGGUAGAAUGUGUCAU